AUGGACUCGCCCUCUAUUUGGGAAAUCUAUGACUCUGCAAAGAAGAUCAUUCCUCUCUACGACCGCAUGCAAAACCGAGCUACUCGCAGAGAAUCACUCUCCAUCCAGGGGAACAGGACAUCCAGACACACUGAGAUGAAGGCUACAGACGAUCUCAGCACGCUUUUUGAAGCGCCCGGGUUUAUGUACAACAACCCCAGUGAUAUACUUUCAGUGGACCUUCUCUCGCCGCUUUCGUCUUCCCCGGGGAACUUCUCUCUUCCAAGGGGGGUGUCUGCGGUCUCCAGUGGCGGUAAGCAGACCGCCGCUGUUGGAGAAGCGAUAGAAAAGAGCGCCAACAACUCGGUCAAGGCGGACAAGUACAACGAUAGUGGGAAUAAUGCCUGCAGUCUGCGACAGGGGAAUGCCAUCAUCACUCCAACGUCCUCCGAGGACAGUCCGAGUUCGAACCUUGUGCGAAAACAAGCCACUUCCAACAGAGGGGAUACCAAAAUGGAGUUGGACGAGAACUCUCUUGCCUUUACCGACUUUGUCGGCAUGGAAUAUGACGAACUUCUCGAUAUUGACAUUAUUGGCGAACUGCAAAAGAUUCAGGAUGAGGAGAACAGAAAGGCAACACAAUGUAAAUUGUCUCCUUCAACUUCCCUGGUGGAUACACCUCCUACAUCAUCGACAAGAGACUCUCCUCGUUCUUUAGAUAGAGGCCAAGUUUCUAUUAAUCCUUUGGACAUAAAAAUAAAACCUAAUACAGCGAUUUGCACCAACAGACAAGACACUAUUUCUUGCUCGAGUACGCUGGUCAAACCCAUCUCUGCUCCUCAACCAAACAAACUCCAGACAGAGGCAAGGUCCAAGAUAUCCUCCUCGGUGCCGGCCAAAGACACCGCUAAGACACUCACCACUUGUAACAACUGUGGAACAUCCAAAACCCCACUAUGGAGGAAAGAUCCUAACGGGAACAUUCUCUGCAAUGCAUGCGGUUUGUUUCUUAAACUGCACGGUACCAUGCGCCCACUGUCUCUUAAAACAGAUGUCAUCAAAAAGAGAAACUCAAAGAGACAGUCCCUUUCAGCUCAAGGUGAUAAGUACAAGAACAUCUCUCCCUACGCGUGCACCCCAGCGGCCCAAAAGAACAACUCUCCAAAUUCAUAUAUUCACUACUCUCAGAGUUUCCCGAACAACCCUUCCAAUGCCUUCAUAUCUGCAACAUCGGCAAGCUCUCCCUUCAAUCAUGCCCUCUUGUCAAAACACUCCUCAUCAACGUCAAUAUCCUCUCUCUCGCAGCCACAGCAGCAACAACAACUCCAGCAGUCAGCAUCGUCACCGCUGUCACAAUCCCUAUCACAGCGAUCCAAGAACGUUCCUAUUUUGCCAAAACCAAUAUCGCCGUCUCCACAAGUACAAACACAAUCUUUGGGGUUCACGGCAGGCUCGUUCCCAUCACAGCCACAGGACAUUCCACAAUUCAAGAGACGAAAGUCCAAACUCAACCUGUCUUCACAACCCUCAUCACCAAUGACGUCUUACUCUCCUUCGGCACAAUCGCCAAUGUCGUCGCUGAGAAACAGCUCCGUCUCUUCAGCAUCUGGAAUGUAUCAGGAUAUACAUUCAAAAAGAGGCGCCUCGUACAACCACAUCAAUACAGACAUUGGCUUGAGUCAUUCCCCCGUGCAGCAAUCCCUGGGGAAGCCUUCCAACUUCAGUAACUUGUCUGCCGCUAUAAGGACCAACAAGUCGAGUCUGAACAAGGUCGCCACACCGAAAAGCUCUGCAGGUACACCUACGGGAACUACAACAGGCCCGUCAUUGACAAACAAUACUCGGAAACAGCCUCCAGCAACGGCUCCCACUAUUUCCACCGCUGCCGUCACUGACAACUGCACGGUGAAACACAACGCCGUAACCGAGGAAAUGGGCGAUGUGUCCAUGAAGGACUUGGACUGGUUGAAGUUCGACAUUUGA